CCAAGGAGAAUGAAAUUCAUUGGUGAGGUUAUGGGAUAUGCCUAUUCAUUCAGACUAAAAUCUAUGCAUGCCGCGAAGACCUCUCUACGGUGUCUUUGGGGUAUUUACACAAAGCCAACCAUGCCAGCCAAAGAGGUCCUAAUGUUGCUUUACAUGUGUUUCAUCAUUGCCAUGGUGACAGGCGGUCUCCUCUACCACUGGAUGUCAGGGAUCCUAAGAUAUGACGCUGGUACUUCCAUUACCGCUGCCUGCAUCUAUGGUGUCGCCAUCCUCUUCCUCUCGUUCCUCUGCCAUCCUGUCCGUUGUGUAAUAACUAUGAUCCUACCCACACUUGGCACCAAACAGGGACGUAAGCUAAUCAUCUCCACCUCCAUGAUGGUGUUAGCGUUGAACGUCAUCCCUAACAUAACCAUUAACAUUGGAGUGUUGAUGAACGUUUUGAAGUGUACCUCUGAAGGUUUUGCUCAUUCCUUUUUAAACUCCUCUGAGCUUUUUCAGAAAGCAAAGACAGAUCUUGUAAGAGAGGCUAUUAAAGUAAAACAGGGUGAAUUGAAUAUUGUUACCAAUUUAAAGAGAUUUGAUCAUUUUACACGCAUUGAUGUAUCAGAGGUGGAAAGGAAGUUUGUUACCCUAAGCAAAGAGAUGGAGAGCGAUUUUUCACAUGCCAAAAAACAUCUGGAAGAGUACCAACUUCUGUCAAAAAGGAUUCUGGCGGCCAUCUUUGUAAUCUGUGUGAUAGUUGAAUCAGCCUGCUACCUGAAAUCAUAUGUAAUUUCAGUUAAGUUUGACAAUGUUUACAUAUCAAGACAGUUGAUACAGAAGGCCUCUAUUGAUGGAUUCCAAAUUAUCCCAACCAACCUGAAAGAUAUGGUUAAUUCCACAAGUUUCAAAAUAACAAAACAAGAAUUUACCAAUUGUCUUGCUCCAAUAGCAGUGGUUACUCUCUACUUCAUAGUUGUUGUCUUCAUAAUUGCUUUGGAUCACAUUGUGUACCAUCUAGUAAUGGUAAGCGGGCCUUGGCUGUUGGAUAUUCCAGUUACAUCUGUCUACAUAGCGGUGAAAUAUAAGGCCCACCUGCACUUCCCGGCCCUGUGUGUUAUCCCAGCUCUCUGUAGGGACGCAGAAAAGGCACACUUCCACAAGCAGUAUGACUGGGUUUUCAGCCCCGCGUCAUCGGGCUGUGCUGUAAAGCCCACUGCACCAGACCUGGGAGUGAGGGUCUUACUGGGAUUACUUUGUCUGGUCGGCUACAUCACCGUGGUUUUUGAGGUGUAUGCCAGACGGAUACGCAGAAAGGUUUCUGCGUCAUUCUUCCCAAAGCAGGAGGAGAAGAGAACUUGCUUCUUAUUGAAGAAGAUACAGGCCAAGCAGCAUAGAAAUCAAGACGACAUAUUUUUUAUCAAAGUGGUUAAUGAAGCCCCUAUUCAGAGAAACUAAGAAGUUAUAAAGUAGACUGAGUGAUAGAAAAGGCUUUUGUAGUGUAAGGUUUUACUGUAUAGCUCAUGGUUUUAAUGCUUUUUCACUGCUCUUCUGUCUGACUGUUGCCAUUAAAAUUGAUUAUUCGAUUGAUAAUUUGUAAAAUGCUCCUAAAUCCCUUCAGCUGUCAUUUGACAGAAUUCCUCAGUUUGAUUUGCCAGUGUUGCCAGAUUCUUCUGAUUCUAUAAUAUACCAAAUGCAUAGAAAAUAAAAACACAAAAUUCAAAGUGAAACCAGCAUGGAUUAUUUUAAACAUAACAGUUUGUCUGUGAAAUACAGCUCAUUAAUUCAGUGGCAACAUCCCCCCCUCUCUUAUCUAAUGUCCAUUUGAGGGGAGGACAGUGCAUCCUGUUCGUGAGUCAAAGUCAUAUGAGUGUGUUCCUGUGGGUGAAGCAUCACUUUGUGGGCCACCCCGCUUCCUCUAGAACAAAUCUGUCAUGGGACCAUACCACUAAAUAAAGACAUGCACCAAAUUCUAUCAAACAAUCACCAGAUCUUUCUCUGAAGCUUUUGUAUUGUGUUAGUACAAUGUCUGAUAGAAAGGAUUAUAAGUAAAACACAAAUUACACCA